CCCGGGCCUCGCCCGCCCGCCCGCCAUGGUGUCAUGGAUCAUCUCCAGGCUGGUGGUGCUUAUAUUUGGCACCCUUUACCCUGCGUACUAUUCCUACAAGGCUGUGAAAUCAAAAGACAUUAAAGAAUAUGUCAAAUGGAUGAUGUAUUGGAUUAUAUUUGCACUUUUCACCACAGCAGAGACAUUCACUGACAUCUUCCUUUGUUGGUUUCCAUUCUAUUAUGAGCUAAAAAUAGCAUUUGUAGCCUGGCUGCUGUCUCCCUACACAAAAGGCUCCAGCCUCCUAUACAGGAAGUUUGUACAUCCCACGCUGUCUUCAAAAGAAAAGGAAAUUGAUGAUUGCCUGGUUCAAGCAAAAGACCGAAGUUAUGAUGCCCUUGUACACUUCGGGAAGCGGGGCUUGAAUGUGGCAGCCACAGCAGCAGUGAUGGCCGCUUCCAAGGGACAGGGUGCCUUAUCGGAGAGACUCCGGAGCUUCAGCAUGCAGGACCUCACCACCAUCAGGGGAGACGGUGCCCCUGCCCCUUCGGGACCCCCACCGCCAGGGUCUGGGCGAGCCAGUGGCAAACACGGCCAACCCAAGAUGUCCAGGAGUGCUUCUGAGAGUGCUGGCAGCUCAGGCACCGCCUAGACUCCUUCGAGCUCGCUUCAGGAAAAGUACCUCAUCCUCGGCCACUGAAACCACGUGAGUGAGAUGAGCCAACAGCACCGGAUCCACAGAAUGUUUCUUCUCUGCCUUAAAGAGCUACUCACUAAUAACAUAGAAAUCUGCAAGCUGGUGUGCUUUGUGUGCAGCCUCACAGACAUGGCCUUUUCUCUCUCACAUCUUCCACUUUUAAGAUUUUACCCCCUUUUCCUUUCUUUAUUUUGCUGGGGAGAGGCUAAAGGGAGAGAUCGUAUGUGUGUGGGGUGUGAUCUUUAAGUCUUCUGAGGUUAGGAAUUCUCCACAAUUGGAUUGUCAUCACAGACAACAGUGUUUUUAGAAAUAGGAGCAUCGCCCCCCACACUGCUGAGAUGUACAUUUGUAAUUUAUUUGUUGCAUACUUUUUAGUCUUGUAAAUGCAAACAAAGCAAUUUUUUUAAAACUUGUUUUGUUCUUGGUACUAAUACUUUGAACUAUGAUGUACAUAUUUAUGGCUUUUGGCUUAACAUAAUGGACUUGCAAGGGCUGCCUGAGGUUCUGAUAUAUAAGAAAACUGCAGAAACAGAAGUGUAAAUUAUUUUGAUUCUAGAGAAUGUCUAACCUGCUUAUAAAGCCUCCAAAUACAAAUUUAGUAAAGCAUCCCUUUUCCUGAAGGAUGAAGGUCCAUACUCUUCAGACAGUUAUUCGGUCAGUACAUCAGAGAAGCUUAAAAUGAAAAAAGACAGUAUUUUAGUGCAAGAGAUGAGUGUAGCGGUCAGGGAACAGUCAAGAAUGAGAAGCUGCAGGAACUUUGUCUUCCUCUGGGAUUUGGGAUUAGGAGCUUCUGAAUGCUUCCUGAUUUGCCACUGCCUUAGGCAGAGGCUAGCCCUAGGUGAAAACUUCUGGGGAUGUUGACGCUCAGAGCUGCUAUGAGGAAUACUAUUGAUCUUUUCAGAAGUACUUGACAACAACUAGUUCUCCUACUUGGUAACCAGUGCCGUGAUUCAUUUUCCUGGUAGGAGCCUAUAAUCCGAGCAACCUGACUUUGAGAAAACUAAGCAAAAACCCAACCAACACAAAACAUCUAGAACUAGAUUUUAUUUCAGAUAUGCUAUAAAAUACAUCUGAAAAGGGUGUGCAACAAUCAAAAUGCUAGAAAGUUUUUUUAAAACUUCAGAAGUUUCUAAACCUUUAGAAGUUGAGAUCUUGAUGGGUGACUCACUGCUCUGCUCUGGGCAGAUGGGGCUCACACACAGCUCCCAUCCUGGCUUGUGUGGCAUGUGAAUAACAGUCUCACACUCAUGGCACUUUGGGUCUUAGUAGACAUCUUACACAUCCUGUAUUGCUUAUUAGAAGAACAAAGCACUCAAUCUCUACUUAGAUUGAGAACCUUGCCUGUAAAGAAUUUGGUUUAAAUAGCAUUGUGGUCCGAGGUAGCUGCCCUCCCCUUUGAGAGCUGAGCCUAAAUGUAGGCUCAUCUAUUUGUGCUUAGAGUUGGUGUUUACUUUCAGUGAAAUGCAUGCAGUGGUCACAAACCAGUUACUUAUAAUACUUGGAUUGUGUUUGUUCAUAGAUAAUGCCCUGAAGACUAAGAGUUAGUGUUAUGUACUAGAUAGAAUUUACAGUCAACCAGUUGCAAACAGGCCCAUUUAAAGACUUGUUCCAUUACUGAGUUACAUGAACAUGCAUUAGUGGUCUUUGCUGAUGACACACUGGCUGGAUGGUAGCCACCUUAGAAAGAGUUUUACUUGAAGUCUAUUGUUGCCACAUGUGCAUAUUUAAGACCCUUCUUUCCACAAUUCCUCUGAAGGAGACUGUAAUUUACACAAGGUUUGAGGAAAAUAAAAGUAAAAGCAAAGCAAAUCUGUGGUUCAGAGGGCAAAUAGAGGCUAUCUGUUCAAUGUUCGUGGCCCCUCCCCAUAUCUAAACAACCCCAAUACCUACACCUGUUAAGGAAGACAGAAAAUGUUUUCUUCAAGUUCACUGGAUAGUUUCAGACAGAAGAAAAAUACACACUUUAAAAAGUACUUACUUGUUAGUUAGGAGUAUUCAGAAUUACCAGAAACAAGUGCAGAAAAAGCUUAAGUAGCUUUUUAGCAACUUUUUUUUUUUUUGCCAAAACAAAUGCCUUUAGCAGCAGAUUAAAAUCCUAUUGUAAACAAGUUAUAUUUUCACCAUUUUACAAUGGAAAGUUCUAAUAAUUACAGGCUAUCAAGAUUGCACUCAACUAUGCCAAAAACAAGUUUGAAGCACUCUACUCUCAGACAUGCUGUAUUACUUCUCAUUUAAAAUUUCAAAAAAUACGGAAGUAUCUAAACUGCUGUCUUAAUGUAAAUGUAACUAUUUUUCCUUCAAGUGUUGAUUAGGGAGUUGGUUUCUCUCUUAAAAACACUCACUGUACAACUGAGAGCAGCUGUCCUAUUUCUGGUAAAACGUGUUUACUUAUCCAACAAGCUGUAUAUCUGUGUAUGGACUAACAUAAAAUGUGAAUGCCUCAAAGAGUACACGUAGUGGUGCGAUGUUCUGUCUAGAGUAUAUAACUGAAUGUUUUUAAUUUGCUGAUUUACAGACAUAGGCUGUUUACAAACUGCUAGCUGGAGAAGUCUGUAAUUUUCAUGCAACAACUUUAGUUACUUGCAUUGAGCACCUGUUCUUUUUCCAAGGAGGUGAGAUGUGGUGUUGUACUUAUAAACUGGAGAGUUUAGUCAUAAUCCCUCCUGGCUUUGUGCGAAUAGCUUGCUCACUUUGCUGGCCUUUGAAAUGUGUGUUCUCUGUAGUGACCAGUCCACGUGUUUGUGAUAACCGUUCUCGUCAGCCAUGAUCAUGAGCAAGCACUGUCCUAGUUCUUCACCUUGCACAGUAUUUGAAUGGCAAAGGAUGUGCUUCGUUCUCAAACAGCACACAUGCAGAGAGCUGACAUUCUGGAUUGUGACUGUGCAUAUUUUCCUUAGUUUAUUUCUGUAGUCUCUAUAGAACGGUCUGUAAUAAAAUAGUACACUGAACUGUGCAUCAAAGGGAUGUAAAAUUACAGUAUUCCAAAGGUUGAAAUUCUGCUGUUUUGUUAUAAUGCCUGAUAUACAUCUUGAAUAAAGUCUUAAAACAU